AUGCCGCACGUGGAGAUGUUGACGCUCCUGUUUCUGCUGCUCUGGAUGUGUGUGCGCAGCCAGGACCCGGGCUCCAAGGCCGUCGCCGACCGCUACGCCGUCUACUGGAACAGCAGCAAUCCCAGAUUCCAGCGGGGUGACUACCACAUUGACGUCUGCAUCAAUGACUACCUGGAUGUGUUCUGCCCUCACUACGAGGACUCGGUCCCGGAAGACAAGACCGAGCGCUACAUCCUCUACAUGGUGAACUUUGACGGCUACAGUGCCUGCGACCACACUUCCAAAGGCUUCAAGCGAUGGGAAUGUAACCGGCCUCACUCUCCGAAUGGACCACUGAAGUUCUCCGAGAAAUUCCAGCUCUUCACGCCCUUUUCUCUAGGAUUUGAGUUCAGGCCAGGCCGGGAAUAUUUCUACAUCUCCUCUGCCAUCCCAGACAAUGGAAGAAGGUCCUGUCUAAAGCUCAAAGUCUUUGUGAGACCAACAAAUAGCUGUAUGAAAACUAUAGGUGUUCAUGAUCGUGUUUUCGAUGUUAACGACAAAGUAGAAAAUUCAUUAGAACCAGCAGAUGACACCGUACACGAGUCUGCCGAGCCAUCCCGUGGCGAGAAUGCGGCACAGACGCCCAGGAUACCCAGCCGCCUCUUGGCAAUCCUACUGUUCCUCCUGGCGAUGCUUUUGACAUUAUAG